AAAAAAAUCUUGGGAUGGAGUUUCAUUUUCAAUUUUAACACGUGCGGGCGAAAUCGUUAAGUAAAUGUAAGGAAAUUUACUGUUUAAAAUAGUUUAUUGUUUUAAAGUUUUGCAAUUAUUUGCCUAAAUAACUGUGUACAAAGUUCUAAAACAUGGUUAAAGCUAAGAAAAGUAGAAUCGACUCCGAUGCGCUACUGCGAAAGAAAUCACUCCAAGGGGUAAAGAAACCCAAUCCGUUUGAAAUCCAAGUCAGCAAGUCCAAGUUUACGAUUCUGAACCGGGACUCACAGACGUCCAAUCAUCGGUUCGCCGGUGUCCCCGGCGUCCAGCGGGCACGAGCCAUCGAAAAGCGGAAGCAAACACUGGGGCAGGAAUUCCUACUCAAGAACAAAAGCAAUCGCUUCACCGACCAGCGCAAAGAUGGACGCAACAUGAGCCGGGACCAGAUGGCAUCGGAGCGGAAAUCGACGGCCGUACGGCGGAAGGAAAUGUUCAACUUGAACGAGUCGGUCAAACUAACGCAUCGCGGACAAACGCUGGAGGAAAUUGAGCGGUUUGACGAUGCAGUUGAUAACGAUGACUCGGAUGAGGAUGGAGGGCAGUUGGAUGCGGAUUUCAUGGAAGCGGCCCAUUUCGGGGGCGGAGAGGAAGACGGGGAAGACCACGGUAAAGAUCGCAAAACCGUCAUCGAGGAAAUGAUCGCAGAAUCGAAGCGCCGGAAGGCGGAGAAGCAGCGCGAAAAUGAUGAAGUUUACGAAAUGACGCAAAAACUGGACCAAAACUGGCAAAGUCUGAUGUCGGUUGUCGGCAACCACAUGAAGGGAGAAACCGUCCGUCCGCAGUUAGAAGAUUAUGAUAAGAUAAUGCGGGAGAUGAUAUUCGAUCGGAGGGGUGCACCGGCGGAUAAGCUCAAGUCGGAAGAAGAGCUGGCUCGAAUUGAGAAGCAAAAAUUGGAAAAGCUCGAACGAGAAAGAUUGGCUAGGAUGAACGGAGAGGACGGGGAAGUCAAGGGCAAACAUAGGUCAGCGGAUGAUCUGGACGAUGGGUACUUGCUGCAGCCGGUUGAUGGCAAUGAAGAAGCAACGUAUGACGAAGGAGAUGUAGACGCUGAAGAUGGUCUCUAUAAUCCACGGGAAAUCAGUAAAGAAGCCAACAAGGAGGAGAGUGUGGUUGCGAACGAUGGCGAUGGCAUAUCAGAGGAUGAAGAAUCGCAAGAUGAGGAAGAGUCGGAUUCAGAAACAGAAGACGACGUGGACAAUCUUUCCGAUCUUAAAGAAGAUUCCGAAAGUGAAAGUGAAGUUGAUAUUCCGAUUGUACAAACAAGUUCAAAAAAAGACAAAACUCUGCAUGAACCUGAUCCGGCGGAACUUGCAGCUCAAGAAGCGCGAAAGAAAGCAGAAUCUGAAUUACCUUUCACCUUUGAACUACCUCGGAAGUACGAACAGUUAGAGGAACUACUGCAUGGCCGCUCACCGGAAGAACACAUAAUCAUCUUGGAAAGGAUGAUCAAAUCAAACAACGCAAAGUUCUCUCGUGAAAACAAGCAAAAAAUGAUAUCACUUUACGCGUUUUUGUUGCAGUAUCUGAACGAUCUCUUCGUAUCUGUUCGAUUAGAAACACUUCGAGACAAUUUUCGGAUUCUGCGCGAUUUGUCAUCCUAUCUUUAUGAUCUUGCCAAGAUUAAUCCGUCGGAAACGGCUCAAUGCUUUCUAGAUGUGAUCAAAGAGAAGCAGGAAGAGUACCGCAAAAAACCCCGGCAGUAUCCCCAACUGGACAGUCUUAUCUUCCUUAAACUUGUUCCCGUGCUGUACUCCGCAUCGGAUUUUCGCCACCCCAUCGUCACACCCGCGCUCGUUUUCAUCAGCCAACUUCUGUCCAGGUGUCAGGUGCGCAACCGCAAAGACAUCACAUCCGGACUGUUCCUGGUCACGACGAUGUUGGAAUGUGUCGAGCAGUCCAAACGAUUCCUACCAGCCGUGCUAAACUUCCUAAAUGGAGUUCUGUAUGUGUGCUUCCGGAAGCGAUCGGUCACCGUCGUUCCGGUGGUGCCACCGUUCAAGUCAUCCCCUCCGUUGAACAACCUGCUGGCUCUGGAUGAAACCACUAAAGAUUGUGGCGAACAGGAUUUCGUUCUCAGUUGCGAGGAUUUCGUUACUGAAGAGGUGGAUGAUUCGUUCAAGUUGCGUGCUUUGGGCACAACGCUGGAGUUGAUUAUCACAGUCUUCGAUCAGUUGCAGGAAACGGAAGCUAUUCAUCAGUUGGUCAUCGCUUUCGUCAGUAGUUUGGAGCGCAUCGACGAAGAUCUGCUGCCGGCAGUUCUUAAGAAGUCCUUAAACGAAACUCUCAACUCGGUGAAAGCACUUCAUCUCAAACCGCUCUUCCUAAUGGUCGCUCCAAAGCAGAAACCAAAACCUCUUCGCUUGUUGGAGCCAAAGAUCGAAGCCGUAUACGACGACAUCCGUCGUCGACCGAAGAGUCAGCCGCUCUCCGACAGGGACAAGCGGAGGAAACUUCAACAGAAAGUCAAAAAAGAAUCCCGCGCGGCAGCCCGAGAAAUACGACAGGAUAAUGAAUUUAUCGCCAAAUUGCAGUUCAAACAGCGCGCCGCCAGCGACCGCGAACGAAAAGACAAAGUUAAGCGGAUAUUUUCCGAGGCAAGUUCGCAGCAAGGUGAGCUCAAAUCGUACGACCGGAAGGCGAAGUACAAGAAGUAGAUCGCGAAUUCGGCGAUCGUUGGAUGUUGAGUACGUUAAAAUAUAUGUUCAUGUAAGUAACCGAA